AUGGCUUCGAACGAUCAUCAAGAAAUUAAUAUCGUAUAUAAUGAAAUGCAACGUGUUAAAGAAAGAAAAGUAAGAUUAAUAAUUUUAGUCUUUACUGGAUUUUUGAUCGUGGGUUAUAGUAUUUGGAAUUUUUGGCGUAUGGUGGAAGCGAUACAAUCACCUGUAAUCAUCGGAACAAGAAAUAUAGGUCGAGCUGAAAUACCUGUACCUGGGAUUGUAAUUUGCGGCACAAUCAUAGACCAAGAGGUUCAAUGUUAUAAGGGCAAACUUAAUGAAGUUGACGACCAUUUUACCAAGGUUCUCCCAUGUGAAGGAUAUAUAAAUGGAAGCAAUGAUGCUACUGAAUUUGGAAAUUUGCGUGGUUUCCCGAAUUCAGAUAGUUUAAACUGCUAUAUCUUAGACUCACAUAAUGUACCAGAUAAGGAGCCACUUAAGUUUAAUAAUUCGACACAAAAAAUAUAUUUGGUUUUGAAGUCGACUCAUCGAACAAAUAAUACGCAAGGAGCAAUAACAAAUGAUGAAUGGUAUUAUUUUGGAGUAUUUAAUGAGAAGGAAAAUCCUUGGAAAGUUAAAUUUCAAUUAGUAAACAUGCCUGCAAUAUCGUAUUUAUAUUUUAAACGCACCGAGAAAAAACAACCUGCUAAAAUUGACGCAAUCACUGGCGGAAGCAUAGGAAAUACAGAUUUUGAUUCGACUGCAGAUGUUGAAUUAGUGACAUCAUUUACAACUUUGAGAUUAUCUGGGAUUGGUGAUGAUGCUAAUCUUUGGUGUGUUUUCCAAAUUAUUCCACAAAAUUAUGAAUUUGAUGAAACAACAUUCACUCGAACAUAUCCUGUGGAGAUCUCGUAUAAACGUAUUGAAUUCACAUUUUUUCAAUUAACUGCUAAUAUGGGUGGUUUUGUGAGCAUCCUAAGCGCACUUUAUUUCGCUUUACUUGGAUCGAGGCGUCAUAAUCCAUGGGGUAUAAUUCAAAGAUAUGUUCUCAAAUCAGUUCCACCACCACUAACUACAGAUGAUAUUGUUCAAUCAUCAGAGAAAUUUUAUUCAACAGACAUCCUCGAUGAAAACGAUUGCAAUGACUCACAGAGUCAUUUAAGAAAUCAAAUACAAGCAACUGCUAGAGAUAUCGAAAAUUUGAAAUUAUAUUUAAAUAAGCAUUAUUUGCGAGAUAUUGUACCAGAAAAUAGAUGA